AUGAGAGAAAAUCACAAUUUUCUUGCCACAAAGAAUGAAUCGACGUUUGCUUUGAGAUUUGAGAGAAUGUGGCACUUCAACAAAAUCCACUUGAGUGUGGCUCUGUUUGCUAUUACUACCUUGGUGCUGUUCCUUGGUCUUCAUUCAUCACAGGGUCACAAAAAAGUGUCUACAUUUCACCUCUCAACCCCACCUUUCCCUUUGAUUCAUCAGUGGCUUUCCCCAUACAGAGCGAAUAAUGGAGAAUUGAGUUUUGUCAGCAAAUUGUUCAUUAAAGAAAAAAUCAAAGGAGAAAGAAAUUUGGAGAAAGUUGAAGCAAGUCUUGCCAACGCAAGAGCCCUCAUAAAAGAAGCCUCUUUGAGAACCAAUGCUGUUGUUCCUCUUGAACACUCUGAUUAUGUUCCCCAAGGAGACAUUUACAGAAACGCCUUUGCUUUUCAUAGGAGUUACCAAUUAAUGGAGAAGGUAUUUAAAAUCUUUGUUUAUGAAGAGGGAGAGCCACCUCUAUUUCAUUAUGGGCCAUGCAAGAACAUAUAUUCCAUGGAAGGAAUCUUCAUCAACUUGUUGGAAAGCAAUACAUUGUUUCGUACUCAGAAUCCAGAUGAAGCUCAUGUCUACUUUCUUCCAUUCAGUGUUGUGAUGAUCCUUCAACACCUCUUUCACCCAGUUACUCGUGACAAAGCUGUAUUGGGAAGAACUAUUGGUGAUUAUGUUCACAUCAUAUCCCACAAAUAUGAAUAUUGGAAUAGAAGUUAUGGAGCUGAUCAUUUCAUGCUUUCUUGCCAUGAUUGGGGACCAAGAGCAACAUGGUAUGUUAAGGAAUUAUAUUUUAUUGCAAUUAGGGUAUUAUGCAAUGCAAAUACCUCUGAGCAUUUCAAUCCGAAGAAGGAUGCAUCAUUUCCUGAAAUAAACUUGGUAGAAGGAGACACAACAGGUCUUAUUGGUGGCUACCCUACAAUGAACCGAACAGUUUUGGCUUUCUUUUCAGGCCAUAUGCAUGGUAGAAUAAGAUCAGUGCUUUUCCAGUAUUGGGAGAACAAAGACAAAGAUGUUCUAGUUUUUGAGACUCUCCCAAAUGGAAUUUCAUACCUUGAGACCAUGAAGAAGGCUAAAUACUGCAUUUGUCCAAGUGGGUAUGAAGUUGCAAGUCCAAGAAUUGUUGAGGCAAUCUAUGCACAGUGCGUACCUGUGAUAAUAUCACAACAAUAUGUUCUUCCUUUUAGUGAUGUUCUUAACUGGGAUUCUUUCUCAGUUCAGAUUUUAGUGAGUGAAAUACCCAAUCUUAAGGAGAUUUUGUUGGGUAUAUCAGAGGACAAAUACAUGAAAUUGCAAGAGGGAGUUAAGCAAGUGCAAAGACAUUUUGUGGUUAACAAUCCUCCCAAGAGAUAUGAUGUAUUCCAUAUGAUUAUUCAUUCCAUUUGGCUUAGGAGGUUGAAUGUGCGUGUGAAAUAA